ACGGAUGACUCGACCACUCUGAGGGAACUCUGCGUAACUUUGAGAUCUCAGUAAAACAGCCUUACUGACUGCACUGUGCAUCUGGGAACACCUGCCAUGCCUGCAUCGACUGAGUGCCCUCCGUUUAGACUCGGCGAGUCUCGGUUUGAUCAGCUUUGGGAGGCACAGAAGAUUAAACAGGCCAUCAUCCAUCCAGACACAGGAGAGAAGAUCCCCAUGCCCUUUCGCAUGUCAGGUAAGGGUGUGGGGCUGAAUCUUCUUAUUAAAAGAGCUGAGCAUUUCAGUCCAGCUACAAGAAUCCUGGUCCAGAGGUUCAUCCCGUUCCCUGCUGUUGGUUUGUACGUUAGGCUCCCUCUGCUGCAGAAGUGCCCUCGUCUCGGGCUGCCUGUUCACAGCAUGGUGUGUCUCUGCACGUUCGGCCUAGCACUGCCUGUUGCCAUCAGCCUGUUCCCCCAAAACAGUCAGAUCCACGUGUCAGAGCUCGAGCCAGAGAUCGCUGCUGCAACAGAGUGCAAGAUCCUGACUUACAACAAGGGUCUUUAACCAGUCAGAAUGCUUGACACCCAGCAACUAAUGUCGCUGUCCCUCACGCCACACACAGAGACAGACUCACACCAGCGCUAAUCGUCCUCUUGCCAUGCACUUGAACGUGGAAGUUGGAAAUAGAGGAUUUCAGGAUAUUUACAGCAGUGAAAACAAGUAUUCUUUUGAAUUUCCCUGUGAUGUACUUUAAAUUUACAUAAUUACCAGCCUUCCCAUUCAAGCAGUUCUGUAUUAUCUGACUACAAAAGACUGAAAAAUAAAUGUAAUUGU